GUCCCCCAUCUGCUAGCUUUCUGAAGCAACGAUUUAUCAUUCUCCAACCUCAAGUGAGUUUAUCCCCCAUUCUCUGGAUUGUUCUUUAGGAUUAUGGACAUGACGGAACAACCCUUCAGGCCUCGUGAGAAACUUAUUGAAAGGCAAAAAUAUUUCCAGAGCAUCCACAAGCACACGUAUCUUAAAGGGCCAAUGGAUAAAAUCACCUCCGUUGCCAUUCCAAUUGCUCUUGCAGCUUCAUCACUGUAUCUCAUCGGACGAGGAAUUUAUAACAUGUCGCAUGGCAUUGGAAAGAAAGAAUGAGGUCAAAGUCUUUGCAUCUUGAUUUCAAACAGUUUUAUACUCUGGGACUCGUGAAUUUUGUUAUUGAACUAGUUUUCGUUCAAUAAAUGUCUAGUUCCUGAUUCGUUUACCAGUAGAAAACUGGAUAGAUGCCCAGUUUUCCUACUUUGUUGCUUGAUAUUGAACUGUUUGUCCCAAUUCUUCUUUAAUGAGAAUGUGACUCAGGAUAUGUAUUGAGAUUCUGGAAAUGAAAUGAUGUUCCAGCUUACAAUU